AUCACUGCUUUAAGUGUCAUUGGAGGAGUGGACAUAAAGGACAGCGUUUGGAGAAUAAUGAAGCGAUGUCUCACCAAUGCCCUUGCCAAGCAGCUGAACUGGAGAGGAGUCAAUGGAAAGACUGCGUUUCAACGACUGGGACUGAAAGACGUAAUUUCUCGAACUGUCAGAAACAACAUCCUAACCAAGGCAGCCACUGAUCAGGAAAUUGAGACGUUUAUCAAAAGAUGGCUCCAUUUGGCUGGGGACAGAGAUGGAGGCAGACGAAAAAGAGAAGAAAGACGACAGGCUGUCCAAAACUCCUCUCUGGAAGACACUCACAGUUGUGGUGGGCCCAGACGAGACCUAGAUCAAGAUGGAGAGUACGCUGGGUGCUGAUGGAAACCGUUUGCAAUAAAGAUGUCCCUUUAUAAUUCAUUUUGUAUUUUUUAAUAAAUAAUUUCAAAUGAAA